GGCUGUCUGUCUAUCAAAUGGACGGUGGGCUAUUGUGUGGCUUGAUUGUUUUUCGUGUUUCAUUUAGUUCGUCAAAUAAAUUUCGUUGAUAAUAGUGAUUGAUGAUAUUGCGCUUUUGUUCUUUCGGUUUUGUCAAUCGCAACGAUGAAGGUUUUUAAAUAGACUUUUUUAGUUAAAUGAAAUUUGUUUGUUUCCGUUGGUCGAUUGGCAAAACUGAUAUUUUUGGCAUAAAAAUAGUGAAACUGAUUAUGGUCAUCAGCUUUCAAUUUUGUGUGGUGUGGCAGACUAUCUUCGAUGACGGUACAUAACGAUUAUUGCUUAAUUUGAUUGAGAAAUUUUUUUUUUAAUUUUUCAAUGUAAAACCGUUGCAAGCAUAUACUGCAAUGAAUUCAAUCGGUAUUGGCAUCAGUGUGAGAAAUUAGUGCGAAGUUUUAAUUAAUCAUACAACAGAAAAGUAAACGAAACGGAAUUGAGUUCCAUGAGAUAAUAAUUUAGUGCUCUGAAUGAACGGUGUAUAAACACUUGAACACAAAAGACGUUCGUUCGCGCGCACGCUCGCACGUCAAUUCAACUCAAUGUGAUGGAAUAAGCGAACAAUUUAAGCAAAAUUGUGUUUGUGUUUUCGGUUUAUGCAAUCUAUCGACUGUUUUGUUCUAGAAACCGACUUAGAUGUGGGGAAAAAAAGGUGGAAUUUUGUGAAGUAAAGCCGCAUCGAUUUAAGUUCAUGAUGUGACACCAAAAAAAAGAACGAAAACGAAAUAGCAGAAAGUGAAGAUAUAAAAUGGGACAACAAAUUUGCAAAUAAACGGCGGGAUGAUACGUUGAAAAAACAUUUACCUUCAGCUAAAUUGCCCAAUUUCACUCCAGCCAUGUCAUAAAAAUCUUACAAGAGCCGAAUUUUUUCUUCUUCUACCGUACACUGAGCGCAAAGAAAAGCAAUACAAUAAUUAUAUGUCAAUCAAACGCAUAAUCUUAUCAAUCAAGACUCAUAUUUGAUGUGUACUAACGGUGUGCGUAUAUUUGUGCUGUUAGUAUUUUUACGUGUUUUGAUGUGGUUUCGCUCCGUAGUUCACACUUGUUUCAGUCGGUGCACGCCAUAGCGCACCUAGAAUUGCCAUCAAUAAACCUCGCCAGAAGUGCUGCCAUUAAUUCCACACCGUGUAUGCCAGUGCAUGUGAAAGGCCUCCGUAAAUUUAUUUUAAAUGAAAACGAAAAAAAAAGAGUAAAUAAAAGCAACAGCAACAGAAAAACAAACAAAAAAACAUUUUAUCGACACCGAAUUUGACAUGAAAAUAAAAAAACAAAAAUCUGGUGAAAUUUUUGCACGAAUUUAUCGAGCGCACAAACAAGCAGAAGAAAUUCGAAGCUACAGGAAAAAGGAAGAUCAGACGCUCGUUGUCUUGCAUACUCAAUUUUCGCCGCGAAUAAAUCAGCUACACCGUGUUUUUUUCCUGUGUGUUCACUCCUAGAAACAACUUUGUUUCGUUUCCAAUCGAAACGAAUUGAUAGUGAAGAUAAGGCGGAACAAGCAAGAACGAACGCCAUCGAUAUCAUUCGACCACUUGAUUUCGGGCGCUACUGUGUAGAACAAUCAUCGGGUUGGAUCGCCAAUCGGAUCAGUUAUUUAGGUGCUUUUUUUUAUUCAAGUUUUAUCGAAUUUAUAGUAAAAUAAUUUAGAAGCGUGUGAUAAACGGAGUGAGAGAGAGAAGAAAAAAAAACGGUGAUCAGCAGCAACGAUGUGAUUCGGUCCAAACUGGAAUGGGUUGCAAAAGAAGUUGAAGAAGUUGUGUUGCUGCUGCCGUGUGUUUGUGAACAAGAAAUCUAUCGAGAGAAAAAAACGAGUGCAGAAAAUAAAUAGACAUAAAAAUAAAUCAGAUUUACGUAAUUCAACCAUCAUUACGCGCUGAAUUUUGAGCCCCGCAUACACACACGACAAAAACAAAACCGGUCAACAGUCGAUUUUGCAAGCGAUGAGGAAAUAUCUUUUGAAUAUUAUUGGAAAUGAGUCCAAAUCAUCACUUCCUACCUCGAAAACUUUACCGGCAAAAACAACGGCCGUUUUAAAUGUGGGCGAAGACGAUGAGAUCACAAUUACCGGCUACGAACGAUCAAUCGUAAAAACAAUACUAACAUGGAUUGCAUUUAUACUAUCGGCCGGUCUAAUCCGAUUAUUUAUGCAUUGGCGACGACAUUGGCUACUCUUUGCAACACAUCGACCAUGCGGACUGAGUGUGGCGAGGAAAAUUCUCAUUCGCGAAUACUUUGAAGGCAAACACACCGUACACUAUGUCAAAGAUGUGAUCAACAUGGAUGCUGAAUGGUUCCGGAAAAUACGUGCUAAACGAAGCGGAAAAAAUGAAUUUAUGCCAUUCGAUGAGGACGAUACAGAUACCGAUUUCGAUGAGAAACAUUUUCAAUUAUCUAUUCAUUUAUCCGGUGGAAUAUUUCGAAAUAUCGAUUCAUUGCGGCUGUUCAAAUGCAAGCAGCUGCGAUAUAUUUGGGAUGAGCGAUCGUCUGAGUUUGUGAAACUGAAGGGACUCGAUGCAAAUGUGCCGGCCACGUUGUUGCACCAGCUAAAAGGAUUGGAUGUGCAUACGCAACGUUCACGGCAAUUGGUCUACGGUUCAAAUCAGAUAUUCAUUCCGUUGAAAAGUGUCUUAACAUUGCUAUUCCUCGAAGUAUUAAAUCCAUAUUAUGUGUUUCAAGUGUUUUCGGUGGGUUUGUGGUUCUCCUACAAUUAUUAUUACUAUGCAGUUGUGAUUAUUUUGAUGUCCGUGUUUGGUAUCACCAUGUCAAUUAUACAAACGCGAAAAAAUCAAUUGGCCCUGUACAAAACGGUGGUGAGCCUGGAGACGGCCGUUGUAGUGCGUGCAGAUGGCAAAUCACAAAAAAUCGAUACCAAAUACUUAGUACCUGGCGAUAUAUUGGAGAUUCCAUCAAAUGGAUGCACCAUGCAAUGUGAUGCCGUUCUAUUGAGUGGCAAUUGCAUUUUGGACGAAUCAAUGUUGACGGGCGAAAGUGUACCGGUCACCAAGACCCCAUUGCCAUGCAUACGGGAUUUGAUUUUUGAUACACGCGAACACAGUCGACACGUCCUGUUCUCCGGCACAAAAGUCAUUCAAACGAGAUACAUUGGCACCGAAAAAGUGCUCGCCUGCAUCAUCAACACCGGUAAUAUUACCGCCAAAGGUGGCCUCAUCCGAUCCAUCCUCUAUCCACCACCGGUUGACUACAAAUUCGAACAAGACUCCUAUAAAUUCAUCGCUUUGCUUGGAUUGACCGCCGCCCUUGGAUUUAUAUACACACUUGUAUCGAAGAUUCAAAAAGGGAUUCCGGCCACGAAAAUCGCAAUCGAAUCAUUGGAUCUGAUCACAAUUGCAGUGCCUCCAGCUUUACCAGCCGCAAUGGCUGUUGGUUCAUUUUAUGCUCAAAAACGUUUAGAAAAAAAUAAUAUCUUCUGCAUUUCCCCGAGAUCAAUCACAGUGUCCGGCAGCAUUGACUGUGUUUGCUUUGAUAAGACGGGAACUUUAACUGAGGACGGUUUGGAUAUGUGGGGAGUUGUGCCAACAUCAUCAACAAAUUUAUUUCAAAUUCCAUUGCGUGACGUUGAACGCUUGCCUUAUGACCAUUUGCUUUAUGGAAUGGCAACAUGCCAUUCGAUCACCAUUAUGAAUGGUGAACUGAAAGGUGAUCCAUUAGAUUUGAAAAUGUUUGAAUCGACCAAUUGGAUUUUAGAGGAGGCUAACAUUUCCGAUGACACCAAAUAUGACUUACUAUUUCCAACCAUUGUGCGGCCACCGAAACGCAAUCAACUUGUUGAUAACAGCCGAGGCAGCAGCAUGGAUACAAUCAAUGAUCUGGACCAAACGCAAAAUCGAUCAUCGAACUCCGAAUUGAAUGGAGACAUGGAUAUUGGUAUUGUGCGUGAAUUCUCAUUCACCAGUUCAUUGCAACGUAUGGCCGUUGUUACACGAAAGCUCAUGGAUAAGAAUUUCAAUGUUUACUGCAAAGGAUCGCCAGAAAUGAUUCAGACUCUGUGCAAACCGGAAACAAUUCCGAAUGAUUUUCACACGAAGCUCGAUGUGUAUGCUCAACAAGGCUAUCGUAUCAUUGCCAUGGCCUACAAAAGCCUACAUAAGAAAGUGUCCUAUGCAAAAGUGCAGCGAUUAUCACGCGAGCAAAUCGAGUGUGACUUGACGUUUUUGGGUUUUGUUAUACUCGAGAAUCGUUUGAAGCCCGACACCAUCGAUAUCAUCACCAAUUUGAUGACGGCCAACAUUCGCACCAUCAUGGUAACCGGUGAUAAUAUCUUGACGGCAUUAAGUGUGGCCCAUGACUGUGACAUGAUACCAACGGGACAGGAUGUCAUCAUUGUGACAGCUAAACAAAAGCAACUCCAUUCAAAUGACUAUGAGCUAAUUUACCAUUUAACGGGGCCAUCGGGCAACAAUAAUCAAUUGAACGCACCCGCUCUAAUGAGCAACACCAAUGGAGCGCCAAACAAUCCAUUGCUGCCGAUAAACUUGUCGGCCGCACAUUUGCAGCAGCUACACAACGAUCAAUUGAAGUCGAAACCGAACGGUUUCAUCGCAAACGAACGGAAUAGCAAUGCAACAAUGGAAAAUGGAACAGCGGAUUACAUGCUGAUGACGAAUAGCAAUAGCAUUGCUAGCUUGGAAACGGUCGAUACAUGCACACAAACGACACAAAUUACGCUGCGCGACAUUGAAAUGGGUCACGAUACACAACACAAGCCACACAAUCAAUACGAAGGUUACGACGAUGAGAAUAAUUAUAUGGUGCCGGAACUACCAAAUAAUAACUAUCGAUUUGCAAUGACGGGAAAAACAUGGACGGUGAUACGAGAUAAUUUCCCUGAAUUGUUGCCGAAAUUUGUAACUCGAGGCACUGUGUUCGCUCGCAUGUCGCCCGAUAAUAAACAAGCCUUAAUAUCGGAAUUACAAGAAUUGGGCUACUAUGUGGCGAUGUGUGGAGAUGGUGCCAACGAUUGUGGUGCAUUGAAAGCAGCUCAUACGGGUAUUUCGUUGUCCGAAGCCGAAAGUUCCGUUGCAUCGCCGUUCACAUCAAAAAAUCCAACCAUUGCCUGCGUACCGAAUGUCAUCAAAGAGGGCCGCUGUGCGCUGGUCACAUCAGUGGCCAUUUUUAAAUACAUGGCCGCCUAUUCGCUGGUUCAAUUCGCAUCUGUACUUACACUGUAUACAAUCGAUUCAAAUUUGACUGAUAUUGAAUUUUUGUACAUCGAUUUGUUUAUGAUUUCGAUAUUUGCAUUUUUCUUUGGCAAAACGGAAGCGUAUGUCGGCCCAUUAGUUAAACAAACGCCAUUAAAUUCAUUGAUAUCGGUGUCACCAAUUGCAUCGCUCGUAUUGCACUUACUGCUUGCGAUUAGCUUCCAACUGAUGGGUUGGUUCUAUUUGAAGCAACAGAGUUGGUACACACCAUUCCAAUAUAAUGAGACGAAUGAAAAUCUCGGUUGCUAUGAGAACUACACAAUUUUCAUCAUAUCAUGUUUCCAGUACAUCAUAUUGGCUGUGGUCUUUUCAAAAGGCGCCCCAUAUCGUAAAUCAAUAUUUACAAAUAUCGGCUUCUUAUGCAGUCUCGCUGUGAAUGCGAUAGUAACAGUGGUAUUGGCCGUCUUCCAAUGGGAACGAUUCACCGCUUGGCUUGAUCUUAUAUAUCCACCCGAUCCACAGUUCCGUAUCACAAUUGUGGGCAUUGGUCUGGUUAAUUUUCUACUAUCCAUGUUCAUUGAAUACUAUUUGGUUGAGAAUUUAUUGUUCCGUCGGUUGCGUUAUCGCUUUCACAAUGUGGAAAAAUCGCGUCGUAAAUUUUUAUCCAUUGAAAAUCAGCUACGACAAAUGCCAUCCUGGCCACCGAUCAGUCCAAUGUUUGGCAAUGAUCCGAAUAGCGGCGGUGGUGGCGAUGGAUUGGCAUCAACGCCCACAUCACCGGUGGCCACGGUUACAAACAGUGAAGAGGAUCAUCAAUCGCCGAAAUCAUUUACCGAAAUAUGCGUUGAAGCUGACUCUAUGACACUCGAUAAUUGCAACAGCGUGCUGAAGGGAUUCUUUGAUCAUUUGGAUAGUGAAAGUGAUAACGGUGGUCACGAUGACGACGAUGAUGAUGAUGUAUUGAGCAGCGACAGUGAAUCGGAAGUUAUACAAUCGAACGGUACAAUGCCACCGAGAGCAAUGUCCGAAACGAAUGUAAUUGAUAACAGUGAUAAGGAUGAUUUACGCUCACCGUCGCUAACCAGUAAUGGCAAUGCCACUGAUCUCAACUGAUUCACCGAUUUUCCUAACGAAUAACAGUCAUUCAACGGCGGUCACAGUAACAACAGCAACGUCGCCACCGUCACCAAUGGCAGUCAACACCGGCGCCACCAAACCGUUCAAAAAACACAUUCAAAUCAACCAUUGCGAUAACUUAACGAAUAGCACACAAAUCAAUCAAAUUCUCGCAACAUCGAAUAGCUGAAAUUUACUGCAACUGUUGCACUACAUUAUUUGAUACUAGUUUCUAAGCAAACCAAUUGUAACCGAUCGGCUGUCUGCUCGAUCGAUCGAUCGAUCGUUCGUUCGCUCGCUCGCUCGUGCAAGCUCAGCGCGUCACUCUUGUUAUACUUCCGAUAAAAAUAAUGUAAAUGUGACACACAAACACGUCAACCGAACAAAAAAAAACAUGUAUUAAUCCAAACAGCAACAACAACCAACCGAGAUAUAAGCCAAUCGAUGUGCACUUAGAUAAAAAAAAAGAAAAAACAAAUGAAACAAAGAAAUUAUUCUGAACGAAUUUAUUGUUCGCAGUUCAAAUGAUUUUUUUAAUUGGUUUCGUUCUUAACAAUUUUUGUUUUUUAUGUUCGUACAAGACAACGGAUUUCGAUUAAAAACUGAAGCGUUAGCGUUUGAAUCAUACACAUGCGAAACAAUAUUGUCCAAAAAAAAUCAAAUCGCUUACGAACACAAAUUCGACUCAUGUUUUUACCGCGCCGUUUUCGAUUUUUGAUUUAAUUGAGAAACACAUUGUACUUAUUAUGUAUUUGUAAUGUAUAAGAAUCGACAUUGUCAAAGAAAAAAAAACAAACAAACCAACAACCAAACCAUAUAUGAAAACGGUGACUUAGUCGAAGACAUAAAAAAUGGCGGAAUAAAAACCAAAAUCAUCCCGAAAAUAAAAUUGUACCAAUAACCCACCCGAAAAUGCCGAAGUGAAAAAAAAACAAUAAGAGAAAAAUCAAUCGAUUUUAUCCAAGAUGAAGCAGAGAUAAACCAGUCCCAUAAUUAUUGAUGAUGAUUAAUGGAAAAAAAAUCAUGUUGCAUAAUUCCGUUUUAUUUUCGAUAGUGAAGAGAAAUGUGAGAUAAAAAAAGAAAGUGGAGAGAUGUUGUUAAGUUAGCGAAACAGGCAGAAAUCAUGUUUAGAAAAAAAAAACGAAUUAAUUCUUGAGUUGUGCAGGGAUGGAAAACCUGUUUAUUACCAUUGUUUAUAUAUAUAUAUUAUUUUUUUCAAUUUUAGACAUUUAUUUAGUUUGUCUUAAAAAUUGUGAGAGGAGUUGCGAUCAUGCACGCAGCGUCAUUACGCUUUGAGCGUACUCCUUUUCGUCAGAUGUAUUAGACUCUUUUUUUGUCUUUUUAGCAAUUUUAUGUCAUUUUUAUUUAUCCAAUUUAUAGACAUUUUGAACAUAUUGAGGCACACACAGUUUUUUUUUUGUUGCAUUAUUAUUUAACAAACAGGAUUGUAUUUCAUUUUGAUUCUUUUCGAUUUUUUUUUAAAUAUAAUUGUUGAAUAUCUUCCAAUUC